CACGGUUACGCAUGCGUACUGCUUUGCGUUUAUUACCAGGAACGAGAAGGGGAUUUAAAUCUGGAAGCCGAAUUUGAAACGGCUGGGGUUUAUUGGGAGUCAGAAAUGACAUAGUGUGAAUAUUAGAGAAUAUAUAGGUGGGCUUUACGGAAACCCGGUAGAGUUGUAACUGCAGCCAGGGACUGGAGAGAGAGCUCGAGCACGAGAGAGAUACAGGAGCGGAGAGGAGGCAGAGAAAGUUACAGCCCGAAAUAGUAUUCCAGUCUGCACCGACUAGGCAAAGGGGACAGUUAUAGUUACUACACCCUCUUAAGCAUUAUUUGGACAGUAUUGUACUGCAGGAAGUAGUAUAUUGCUCUCAUAAUGGCGAAAAAAAGGCAAUUAACAAAGGAAGACAGACAGACCAUUAUAACCCUUAAAAGUGUAGGUCUUUCCUUUAGGGAAAUUGCAAAGAAAGCCAAGGUGUCAGUGAGUACAGUUUCCUACACCAUCAAAAGGCACUUGGAAACUGGAGGAAACUCUGACAGGAAGAGGUCUGGCAGACCCAAAGCCACAACAGAAUCAGAAGACAAGUUUCUGAGAGUCAACAGCUUGCGUGAUAGGCGGCUCACAGGACAACAGCUUCAAGCACAGCUUAACACUGGUCGAAGUAAGCAAGUCUCAGUUUCAACUGUGAAGAGAAGACUUCGAGCUGCAUUUGACAGGUCGAGUGGUAGUAAGAAAGCCAUUGCUAAGAUGGCAAAAUAAGAAAAAAGAGGCUUGCCUGGGCCAUGAAGCACCGCCAGUGGACUACUGAAGACUGGAAGAAGGUCUUAUGGACCGAUUAAUCAAAAUUUGAAAUCUUCUGUUCAUCACGCAUGGUUUUUGUAUGCCAUCGAGUAGGCAAAAGGAUGGUUCCUCGGUGUGUGACACCAACUGUCAAACAUGGAGGAGGAAGCGUGAUGGUCUGGGGCUCUUUUGCUGGAUCCAGAGUUGGCGACUUGCACAGUGAGUGGCACCCUGAACCAAAACUGCUACCACAGCAUUUUGCAGCGCCAUGCAAUACCCUCUGGUAUACGCCUAGUUGGUCAGGGGUUCAUCCUACAGCAAGAUAAUGACCCAAAACAUACCCCCAGGCUAUGUCAGAACUACCUUAGAGGAAAAGAACAAGAGGGUAGGCUUCAAAUCAUGGAAUGGCUAGCACAGUCUCCAGACUUAAACCCCAUCGAGCUGGUUUGGGAUGAACUGGACAGAAGGGUGAAAGCAAAGCAACCUACAAGUGCAACACAUUUGUGGGAACUUCUGCAACAGUGUUGGGAAGAACUUUCCGAACAAUAUUUGAUUUCCAUUGUAGAAAGAAUGCCACGAGUGUGUUCGGCUGUUAUAUCUGCAAAAGGUGGCUACUUUGAUGAGUCCAAAAUUUAGAUUAAAUUUUGUUAAACAAAACGAUUCCAUGAUUUCUUUUUUUAUCUCCAAUUGUUUAUUUGUUCUAUGCUUUAAUUUCAGAGUACAUUGAGACAUUAAACUGCGUAAAUUUCAAUAAAAUCUGGAAAAAUGGAGGUGUUCUAAAACUUUUGACCGGUAGUGUGUGUGUGUGUGUGUGUGUGUGUGUGUGUGUAUAUAUAUAUAUAUACACACACACACACACAGCGAUCAGCAUAGUCUGGUCUCCAAGUAGGUGCAAUUGAGUCUAGGAAGCUGGUAUCUACCUGCCUUUUGCGUCGCGUCGGGCUUGGUCUGUGGAACAUAUUAUUGUAAAAAGCAAAUCUUAACGAUUUCACGGUUAACUGCGAAGAAUUCAAAAACUGCUAUUAACUGGAAAAUUAGACAGUAAAAACGCCUAGGAGGUAAUGUUGAAUUAACGACGCCGCAACUUAAACGAGUUUUUUUUUGAGUGUAAGAACAAUGACAGUGUAUUUUAGUUUGAACAACUGAGCCCAGAAGCAAUCGUAAUACGAGCCUUUUAAGAUUAUUUCGGAGAUAACACGCAGGGGACAGGCUUUAGACCCAAUGAAUUCACUUCCAAAACAAUUAAUGUUGAGACGAUAAGUCUGCUUGGUACACAUCGAUAAUAUAAAGCAGCUACAUUCUAAGGGGUUUUCCCUCCCGGAUAUCUAUGGGGAUCCAUUGUAUCUGACAGCAAUGGGAGGUUGUGUCGGGAGAGAGCGUGGGGACACACAGGGGUCGGCUAGGAGCAGCUCAAGGAACCCACGAAAGCGCGGAGGUCGAAACGAACCUCUAAAGAAGGACAAGCCCAAGUGGAAGAGCGAUUACCCGAUGACCGAGGGGCAGCUGCGGAGCAAGCGGGAUGAAUUCUGGGACACUGCUCCAGCAUUUGAGGGGCGCAAAGAGAUCUGGGACGCCCUAAAGGCAGCCGCAAUUGCCAUUGAGUGCAAUGACCAAGAGUUGGCGCAGGCAAUUGUUGACGGAGCCAGCAUCACUGUUCCACAUGGCUCCCUGACUGAGUGCUAUGAUGAGCUUGGUAAUCGGUAUCAGCUGCCGGUCUACUGCCUUGCUACACCAGUGAACCUGAUCAGCGAGCGCAGUGAGGAGGAAACAGCUGAUGCCCCGGAGCCACAGGGCGGCACCAAGCGGGAGUUCCAGCUGAAGGUACGACUCUCAACUGGCAAGGACGUGCGCCUCAGUGCCAGUAUGACAGACACCAUCGGCCAGCUGAAGAAACAGCUCCAGGUUCAGGAUGAUAUCGACCCAGCCCAGCAGCGCUGGUUCUUCUCGGGAAAGCUGCUUACUGACAAAACCCGACUGCAGGAAACCAAAAUCCAAAAAGACUUUGUGAUCCAGGUCAUAGUGAACCAGACGGAUGUCCCCAACUGAGCCUUACUCAGGCACCCCAGCUAAUACCUUUUCAGAGAGACCCCCCGCCCCCUUCCCCUAUAACCACCUAACCCCCCCCUGCUUUCUUUCCAUUUGAAAAUAAAAUAAAUAAAUGCAAUGAUUUACUGUUCCAUUAAAAUAGCCUACAAAGCUCAUCCUUGGGACAUUUUUGAAGGUAGUGUGUUCGCUUUGCUGUGUAAACUCUCGGCGACAAUUGAUGUGCUAGUGCAGACCAGUCCGAGACUCUGUUUGACUGAUUUUAUAGAAAUGUCCACACAAGCAGACUACACUCACAAAUCGAGACUACAGUGCUGAACUGUAAACAGGAGAUGUAAAAAGGAUGCCAUAGAGUUCAAGAGUACAACAAGAGAUGAGCAGGCAAAGCUGUUUGUUUCAGGAUUUGGGCAUGGCUGCUAAAUGUUCUGGUCACAGAAUCCCUGCUUAAAAAUUAGAGGUGCAUUGUCAUUCCCAGAAAACCCCAGGACAAGCUGAAAUCAGCACAGCUGGUACAGACUAGGAUGUUUGAGUUUCCAGCCAUGUGACAAGACCACGAUCCUUGUUUAAAUGAAAUGCGACAAAACACAAAAGUGGUUUGGUAUUUUUAAAAAAGAAAUGUUUAAAUGUUUUGCCACAAAAAAAACAACUUAUCUUUUGCUGUGUUGUGUGUUGUUUUUUUUUUUUUUUUAAAAAGGCCUCACUAACCAGUUUCAUCUUUUGGUAGCGCUGGGUGUGUGUGUCUUUUUUUUUUUUUUGUUUGUUUGUUUUGUUUUGUCUACCUUUUUAAUUCAACAAUAAUAAAAUGUAGUAAUCUGUGAGCCCUGUAUUAACGGGCCUAUGUUUUGUGUGCCAGUUAGGACAGAUUGUGCUCUGAUCUGUAAUCCAUCUCGACAGCCACUGCCUCUGGUAACCAUAAGGAAAGCGGGAGGACAGUGAUUCAAGCAUGACGCUACACCAGGGAAUGAGACUCGCUGCUAUUGCAGAACCUCUCCAAGCACUUUAAUGGCUACUGUGAGCUCACCCCCAGUUCUUUGGAAGUCAUGCUGUUUUAACACAGCAGCAGUUAUUUUAGUAUUAUUUUGUGUCUAACCUAAGAUCAUAUCUUGCAUGUUUUUUGGGGAAUAUUUCAAUCCCACCUAAACUGUAAAAAUGCUUUUCAACAAGUUAAGUGGUGCACCUACUUUCUCCUCUGUCUUCUGUGUGAUAUUUAGAGUUAAUUGAGUAUACUGAUAGCACAAUACUAAGUGGUAGUGUAGUCUACUAACAAUUAGCACAUUAUCAAAUAGACAGUAACAUCUGAAGGUAGAAUAAUUAUUACAAUUACAAUAAAACAUUAUCACAGUUACACUAAUGGAUAGAAUGUAGUGAACUUAUAAAUAACAUAUUACAGAGUGUACGAAAAGAUGACUGUACAAAUUACAUAAGGGAAAGUUUUAACAGGACAAUGUAUACGUGGUGAUGCAGUACGUUAUGCAAAGGGACACUGUGCUGCAGUGUGCAGUUCAAACAUGUCUAGCAGUUUUCAACAUAUCCAUUUGUAUGUUACGUAUCUGUUUUAAAAGAAUGUACCAAAUAUGCCACAGGUCUUUGUCUUCUACCUGUUUAUCACACCUCUGGUCCUGAAGGGCUUUUAAAUUGCAGUAAAGGAUCUAAUCAAAUACAUUGUGGAGCGGGUGUUAGUCUCUCACAGUUUAACUUGAAUCUGUACUGAGAACGUCCACAUCAGGGCGUUUUUGAAUAACAUUCAAUUCCUUAUUUGGCAGAUCUGUGAUUUUUUGAAUUUUUUUAUUUUGCUUUUCCCAAGAUAUAUCCUGCACCGGGCUUGGGAUAUGUCUGGGCUGGCCUUUGUAAGAGGCAACGUUUCAGAAUAACUGUUUUAGUGCAAGAAUGUGUGCUUUUUUAAAAUUUUUUCUUUAAAUGUCAUUAUCAAUAAACUUCUGUUGAUUUGAUGGUGUUUUAAAGCCAAGGAGCUCUAGAGGCCCACACAGUGAAUCCAAGCAAGUCUGUAAUACCAUCAGCUUUAUUAAUGUUAAGUUACAAUUUGGCACUGGACUGUAAAACUCCUCUCUUGUGCCUGGAGAACGAGGAGCCAUCCAACUUGCAAGUGCUGUUUUAUAAGAAAAAACUGAAACGGCUUCUACAUUAUACAUGCAAAUACUCUAUAAACACCGUUAUAACUUUUAAAUGGGUGUAAAUAUUUAGAAAUCUGUAUAUUUAGUAAUAUAUAUAUAUAUAUAUAUAUAUAUAUAUAUAUAUAUAUAUAUAUAUAUAUAUAUAUAUAUAUAUAUAUAUAUAUAAAUGAAAUAUUAUAAGCUAUGGUUUCUGAUCAUUUAAUAUCUGUACAAUUUAUUUUACAGGUUAUGUGUACAUUUAUAAGCAGGUUGAUUUAUUUUUUUCUUGUUUUUUAAGCUUGCAAAUAAAAUUGAAACUUCUGAUUCC